ACGACGAACAAGCAUUCUUUUUCAUACGCCAUCGUUGUUGCUGACGAUGACGCUCAAGCUAAAGCCCACCAGCAAAUCACCCUCGCCGUUCUCGUGGAACACCCUUGCGCCUUCGACGCCUCCUCGCUCACCUGCACCGGACCUGACGUCCCUCCCUUCCCCGCCAACUUCAUGGCUCUCCGCACGCGACAUGAAAAUUUACGGCGCACAGCCGCUCAGGUCGGAUAUAGGGGUCGUAAGGUGUAAUGAUUGCGACAAGCCCAUUCUUAAAAGUGCUGCCGCGGAGCAUGCCAAAAACUGCUAUGAUAUCCGGAUUGGGAAGAAAGCCGUGAAAGGCAAAGUUAGCGAUGUCGAAGGCAAGAAACGUAAAGCUGAAGAUGAGCCAGAGGACCCUUCACAGCCCAACAAGAAGAAAGCCAAGCCUGCCACAAAGGUUACCAAGGGGCGAUUUAAAGGUCCCGUUGACUACGACAAACAGUGUGGUGUAAUUAAUGAUAAGAAUCUUCCCUGCUCUCGCUCGUUAACUUGCAAAUCUCAUUCGAUGGGAGCAAAACGUGCUGUCCAGGGUCGCUCAAAAGCAUACGAUGAGCUUCUCCUCGAGUGGAAUCGUGCAAACAAUCCAAAUUGGGUCGAGCCUGUAAAGAAAGAAACCAAGGCAGAGAAGAAGGAAAAACGUGAUAAGGAGAAAGCAGAGAAGAAACGUCUUGCGAUGGAGGCUGCUGCUGCUGCUGGGAUUGACCUUAGCAAAACUGUUGGCCCCAAGAAGGUGGGGAAGAAAGCUGCUGCUGCCGCUGCGGCAGUAGCUGCGGCCACACGUUUGGCGGAGGGCGAUGAUGGUACAGAGAACCUGGAUGACAUCGACUCGGAGGUCGAAGUUGAUGCAAUGGUGAAGUCGGUUCAGAACGCACGGUUGAAGGGCAUUAUAGGAGUCCCAUUAGCAGUCCCAUGCGAUGCAGGCUCGUGGUUUGUAGCGCGCAGGGAACGGCUAAGGAACUGCAGAGACCUUCUGGCUGGCGCCCUCAUGCCUAACGGGAGAACUGGGAUAGCUGGCGGUGUCACUACUGGCGCAAGGCUCACAUAGGAGGCUUUUAUUGUCUCUUUUCAUCUGUAUCGAUCUCGACACCCUUCCUGUGCUAGGCAUAACAACCCACCCGCCAUUCCGUCUUUGCAUUCCAAGUACCCUUGUAAUUUUGUUGUCAGACCAUUUAUCGUGUACUCGCCACGGACUCUCGCACUAUCAUUACACACAUCGCAAGUAACUAUUUUCUCAUGAACUGUUAAUUUAAAUCAUGUAGCUUUUAUAAAUACCAUCCCCCUCAGAUAUUGCAUUCUCCCCCCCUGUCCGCAGAAUGAGUGUUCUAUGAAAGCCAUUCGCAUCUUCUCAUAGUGUAAUAGUCCAAAAUAAACUCAUAGGAUCCUACUCAUGCUCAAUGUUGCGAAUUCAAGUC